AUGCCAGCCCUAAUCUCCUCCUCCGUCACCCUCAAACCCAAGCUCUCAACCCUGACCUUUGUCACAUCCAACGCCGACAAAAUCCGCGAAGUCACUGCAAUCUGCAAGGAAUACGGAAUUCGCGUUGAGCCAAUCCAGUCGAUCGAUUUACCGGAAUUGCAGGGUUCGAUUGAAGAAGUGGCGCGGGAGAAAUGCCGGCAGGCUGCUUUAGCGUCCCUCGGCCUCGACGGCCUGAAUCGUCUCUUGGCCGGUCACGUCGACAAAUCUGCCGCGGCAGUGUGCACAUUCGCAUUCUCAUGGGGCCAAUUUCAAGACCAAUACCCAUACUCAAAUGAUCAGAGCGCAAGUGCACCCAAAGCAGAACCACCAGAGGUAUUCCUAUUUCAGGGCCGGAAUGAAGGCAGAAUAGUUCCUGAGAGGGGAGAAUAUGGAUUCGCAUUCGAUCCUAUAUUCGAGUAUGAAGGAAAGACAUACUCAGAAUUACGGCCUGAAAGCAAGAAUCGCACUUCUGACCGGUUCAAAGGGUUGAUCAAAUUCUUGGAUUGGUUGGCUAAUUAG